CAGGUGUGAACUCUGCCCUCGGUGUGUGUCUGCAGGCCUACAUGCCUCGAGGUCAGUUCUCCAAGAGGGCAGAUCAGUGCGACACCUCCGCUCUGCUCAACCUCAUCUGCAACUGCAAAGGCUUCUGGUUCGUGGAUCCCAAAGUGGUGAGAGAGGUGAUUCGAUCCAGGAACGAGUUGAUGCAUUCAUCAGAGUUCCAUAUGAGCGAUGACUGGAUGAGAGACUUCCAGAGCAGUCUGAAAUGCUUUGUGCUUCAGCUCGUCAACCAGAACCCACAGAUGGAGACCGUAGCCAGACAGAUCGAUGUGAUGUUAAAACUCGAUCUUUCGAUCAGUGUGGACUGCAGGGAUGGAGUAGAGGCGGAUUCCAUGUGCGAAGCCAGUCCCAGCGCCGAUUCCGUCCGGCAGUGGGAAGCCGAGCUGCUGCAGGAGCUGCUGCAGGAGUUCUUACACACUCCUGCUGAGGACGAAGACGCAGACGCACCGGACACUGAGCAGCUAACAACACUCUGCGGUUUCCUGGAGGCAAACAAAGAUCUGGGUCAACGGUUUUCUGCAGAGAUCCAACUACUAAACUCACGAAAGGCCAAAGGAGGAGGAGGAGGAGCAAAUGAAGAAGUCUGACUGCUUUCCUGUGAGGAUCAGUUUACUCUCUCAGCCAUUUAAACACAGUAAACUGACUUGCCCAUAGUGAGGUGUG